AUUACCAAAAAUAUCAGAAACGAUGAUUAUAUGGAACAGUUUAUUCUGUCCACGAAAAGUACAGAACUAUUCUUCUCAUGUUGGAAUCUAUUUUUUGCAAGUUACAACUGGUAUGUCCAUGUUAUAUUUGAAAGAAAAGAUGGUCAUAUCAUCGUGGGGAGGACGUAAUUAUAUAUUGUUUUUUCAUCCAGAACCUGCUCAGGAAGUUUUAAAAAGUAGCAUCAUAAUUAACAAAGAUAGAACUUACGACUUUUUUAAACUUUGGUUUGGAGAAAAUUCCAUUUUAUAUACUAAAGGCGAUAAAUGGAAGAAGGAAAGGAAACUGUUAAUGCCAGCUUUUCAUUUUCGUAUCUUGGAAAAGUUUCAAUGCAUAUUUAAUGAACAGUCAAAUGUAUUAAUAGAAAAACUUAAGAAACUAAAGAGAAAUGAAGUGUGUGAUAUCAUAGAAAUGAUUAAACCUUGCUCUUUAGAUAUAAUUGCAGCCACGGCAUUAGGAGUUUCUAUAAAUGCUCAAAGUAAGAAAUCAAAUGCUUACUUUCUUGCAAUCAAUGGGAUAACAUCUUCGCUGCUUGAAUGGUUCAUGAAGCCAUGGUAUUGGAUACCUGCAAUAUUUAAAUUCAGUUCAUUAGGACGAAACUUAAGAAAAAAUAUUCAAUUUGUUCAUCAAUUUAAUACAGAGGUCAUUAAAAGAAGGAAGGAGAAGCUGAUGAAAAAAGGGAAUGAUUGUGAUUUCUUUGAAAAAUUCGAAGCGUAUGAAGAAGAUACGUUUAGUAAGAAGAAACGGCCAUUGUUGGACUUACUGUUGCAUUACCAUAUCAAUGAACGAACUAUGACAGAAGAAGUUGUCAGAGAUCAAGCAGAGAGUAUUAUAUUUGGAGGUCACGAUACUUCCACCUAUGGAAUAUGUUGGACACUUUAUUUGGUGGGACGAUAUGAAGACGUACAAGAGAAAGUAUAUCAAGAGCUGCACGAAAUAUUCAGAAAUGAUAAGUAUAGAGACAUCACCGUCGAAGAUUUGAAGAAAAUGAGAUAUUUAGAUUGUGUAAUUAAGGAAGCUUUAAGGAUAUAUCCUCCUGUCGCUUUCAUUAGUAGACACAAUCCUUCCGAAAUGAAAGUAGGAGAGUAUAUUUUGCCAGCCAAUUCCUCUUGUGUCAUUUGUAUCUAUGCAAUUCAUCAUAAUCCGACCGUCUUCGAAAAUCCCGAAAUAUUCGAUCCCGAUCGAUUUUUACCGGAAAACUUCAAAAAAUGUCACCCUUUUGCAUUCAUUCCGUUUUCUGCCGGUCCAAGAAAUUGUCUCGGACAGAGAUUUUCAAUGAUGGAAAUGAAGACAAUAUUAGCAAACGUUCUUCGUCACUUUACAAUUAAUUCUUUAGAUCCUCGAGAUAAAAUUGUUAUUUCUGCCGACGUAAUUCUUCGUCCUGUAAACGGUAUUAGAAUGACAAUGGAAAGAAGAUACAAUUACUAAUCGAAGUGUCCAUAAAGUAUGAAUGUUACUCUAAAGAAGGCAAAAUCGAAUCUAGAUCUCAUCUUCAAGAAUUAUUCAAUGAUAAUGUGGUCUCAAUAAUUCUGGUUUGCAAUAUAGGGAAAACGUUUGUCAUCUGUAAUACACUAUUUUAAUGGGAGGUGU